AAUAAUGACAGCCCCAUAUGAAUUGUACAAAAGCAUUUGGCGCUCAAUUUGAUGUGAAACGUGCAGGAACCUCACACACACACAAUCACUCACAGACAGCGGAAGAGAGACAGAGAGAGUGCGAGGGAUAGAGUGAAAGAGAGGUAUAACAAAAGGAAGCUCAAUACAAAUAGCUGUGCUUGGCCUUUGUAGUUGACUCUGUUCCUGUCGGCCUCUACCCUCUCUCACCUGCACAUAUGAGUACAAGCAGAGAAAGAGCAGGACAGCUGCAGCAAAAGAAAAAUGGGCAACGCAACAUGUAACAGGCAAACAGAAGGCAAAAGAAACCAACAGCAGCAGCAGCAGCAGUAACAGAAGGAGCCACAACCCAAGGUGUAUUAAUAAAAGGUUUGGCAGUCCAAGUUAGCAGCCUCUCUUUGGUAGCAGUGUUUCAGAGAGAUUUAGUGGGAGAGAGAAACCAGUCUGGACGAAGAGCUAGCCUGCCUUACCCUCCGAUGCACAAGCAUUGCGCGAGCCAAAGCCGAAGCAGGCGAAAACCAAAGCCCGAGCCGAAGGCUGAUGACGCGCUUCGGUUGCCUAGGCAACUUCGUCGCACACACAACAGCGAACAACCGAGCAAAGCCCAAGGCAGAGGAGCAGAGAGCAGAGGAUAAGCAAAGCCAAACUGACUGACACUCGCAGCUAGCCAGCAAAGUCAAACUCAAGCCGGGCCCCAGUUGCAGCAGCGCAACCAAAGCAUUUGCACAGACGCACGGCGACGCGACGGGCCCCACAGCCAUAGUGCCAAAUACGGGGAGUAACGGAGUUUUCUUAUCAGUUGCCUUGGCCAUCGAUCGCACUGCUGCUGCUGGCUGUUGCUGUUCCAUUCGCUCUCACUGUGAACUUUAGUCCAAGUGUUGUUGCGCGCGCUGAACAGAGCGAGGGCUAGGUCUUGCAAGUCAGUGCUUGUCCUUGCUUAGGUUAGGGCUAGAGCACUCUAGCACUCUAGCACUAGAACACUCGCCCGCUGAGAGUGUGCCCUGCCGUGUCGUGUCGUGUCGUGUGCGUGUGCCGUGUCGUGGAGGUGUGCGUGCUAAUGGCCUUGUGAUGUGUGUUCAAAGCUAAUCGUUAUGCAAUCGCCUCGCGUCUAUAUCGAAUUCCAGUGAAAUAAUAAUGUCUUUGAAGCGUUAUGCAACGCUGCUCGCGGCGGUCACUCCACAGAAUCCGCACAACGGUACAACGGUCUCGACAGUGGUGUCCAUAACAACCAUUGCCCCAUCAUCCGUCGCUCCAGGCAGCAGCAGCAGCAGCAGCGAGGAGUCCCAGUCGCAGUCUCAGGAGCAUGGCACCAGCUCAUCCUCAUCGUCCUUUACCACCUACUAUAGCAGCGGCUUGGGUCUGUAUCAUCAGCGUGGUGUCUCCGGAUCUGCAGGCAAUGUCGGGGGCGGAGGAGGUGCAGCAGGAGCGGGCGGACCCCAGACAUAUGCAAAUGUUGUCAACGGCAAUGUGAAUCUGCUGCUGGGCGGGGCCAUGCUCUCCCUGGUGACGACCAUAUUAUGCGUCGUCUGCUAUUGUUGCCACCGCAACAUCAAAAAGCGCACGGAGGCCGCCUAUAGGCAGCAGCAGCAUCAAUGGCUGGAGACGGAUCCCAAUAUGGAAAUCUAUAGCGUCGAGCAGUGCUACGAGACAUCUGGACUAUUCUUGGGCGACUCCACGGACGGACUCUCGGUUAUGCCGACGCUGCACCACGAGCCGCCGCCCUCGUACGAUGCGGUGGUGCUGCACGAGCAACAAUUGCUGCAGCAACAGCAGCAGCACCAGCAGCAGUUGGAGCAGCUCCAGCUGCAGCAGCAGCAGAUCCUGAUGCAGCGGGUGUCGCCACCGCCCGGCUAUCGAUCCUCGCUGGACAUCACCAACCACCACCACCACCAGGGGGCAGUGGGCGGCUGCAGUCGUGGCACGCCCGAUGGCAGUGUGGAUGCCAUGGCCAGUGGAUCAGGAGGAAUCAGAGGAACAGCCGCAGCAGCUGCAGCUGCAGCAGGAGGUGGGGCCGUGAUCAACAAGCAACUGCAGCUGGCCCUGAACGCCCAAUCCUGCUGCUCCCUGCAGCGGGCCGAGGUGGAGAGCAUGUGGAAUGCCACGGAAAUGGAGCACAUGUGGAAUGCAGGUGCGGCUGCGGUUGCCGCCCGACGCGGCAAUUGCCUGGAAAUGGAAACAAUGCAGCCACCGCCACCACCACCAAUGACGCUGCCCCCAGCGGUGCCGCUGGCCCUGCAGGGCAGGAAGCACGGCGGUCAGCAGAGCUUCGGGCUGAACACCUUGGGGCGACGCUACCUUCAGCAGAGCCACCAGCACAGUCACUACCGACGUGGCUGUCCGCUGUGCGGCAAGUUCCGCUACGAGACGGAGGCUGAAGCGGACCCGGAAGAUGAGGUCAGCCCCUGUGAGCUGUCCGUGGAAAGCGGCGUAAAUAUGGGCUCUAUGAGGAGCAGAGAGGUGUCAGCAGAGGAUGCCAACGAGAAUGGGGUAAUGGAAAGUGCUGAGCCGGCAACAUGCCCCUGCCCCUGCACCAACAGCUGCGACAACGAGGAUGGAAACGGCAACCACAUGAUUGGCGAAGCCCUGCAACCAGAUGAUGCAAAUGGAAAUGUCCAACCCGCAACACAGGAAGCAAUCAACGAGACAGCCACCACAACCAUCUCCGCUGUCAACGAUGAAAAUGACAACGCAUCGGUGGCAGCCACGGCAUCGGUUGGCAACGCGGAGGAGGAGCCGGCGAGUGGCAGCCAGGAGCAUAAUCAGGAUUUGAGCAGCAUCAAUGAGAACGGCUUCAUCAGCUUGGACAUGAGCAAAAUCAUUGACAGAUCGGGUCUGCCCACGUACGAGGGAGCCCUGAAGCUGGAGUCCAGUGGCUAUGUGUAGGCGCUGUACGAGGAUUCCCUGGCAGAUCAUCCCUUGUGUUGGCUACACAUAACCUAUCGAUACCUAGAUCACAAAUGUGCUUUAAUUAUGGAAUAAGAUGGCACUCUCUUUUGGACGACAGCAAUGGGAAGCUGUUUGGUUUUGUUUGGUUCACUCAACGCACUAGGUAAUCCGUUUGUAGUUCCUUUAUUUAAUUUCAUAGUUAAUCCGUUUGUAGUUCCUUUAAUUAAUUACAUAGUUAAUCAUUUAGUAGUUCCCUUAGUUGAAUUGUUAAUCAGGUCUCACUGAUCUCACAGAAUGAGUAAGAUUCGUUAUGGUUAUUGUUUAUCUCAUCGAUUAUAAUACUAAUUUUGGAACAUUAUUUUCCUCUAUCUGAGAUAGAACGUCCCUACAAGAUCAAUUGUAUUCAGAUUCACAGAUCCACACGCACCUCAACUUGAUGAUCUCUUUGGAUCUCUGCUAGGAACAUAUCGUUACGCUUACGUUCCCCCCCAGAUCUCUCCCACUCGUUGUAAGCUACGAAAUUACAUAUAAAGAAAAUAUAUAUCUAUUCCUAAUUUCUAGUUUUAAGCCCUUAUGCAUAUCCCUGUAAAUGUUCGUUUCAGGCGAAUGAAUAUUAAUAA